UCUAGAAGGGUUCAUUUGGUUCCGCCCCUUUUCUGUAAACCACGCCCCCUUCUCGGCGCUUUUAGUCCUCAAGCCACGCCUCCUCCUGCCGCCGCUUCUCUGUCCCCGCCUCUUCGGCUUCAGGCCUCAGACUAGAGCUCACACAGGAAGACACGCCCCCUUGGAUUCAUCGCACCAAUAGGAGAGCUCUUCGCCUCUCUGUCCCCGCCUCUUCGGCGCCAGGCCUCAGAAUGGAGUUUACACAGGAGGACACGCCCCCUUAGGUUCAUCGCACCAAUAGGAGAGCUCUUCGCCUCUGUCCCGCCUCUUCAGCUCCAGGCCUCAGAAUAGAGCUUACACAGGAGGACGCGCCCCCUUAGGUUCAUCGCACCAAUAGGAGAGUUCUUCGCCUCUCUGUCCCCGCCUCUUCGGCGCCAGGCCUCAGAAUAGAGCUCACACAGGAGGACACGCCCCCUUAGGUUCAUCGCACCAAUGGGAGGGCUCGCUGGCUCGCUCCGCCCCCUGGCAGGGCUCGCCCCGCUGUUGGAGCGGCCGCCAUCUUGGAAGCCAGAAGGGAGUGCUGAGGCAGAGCUGGAGGUUGCCUCCUCCUCCUCCUGGGGUCGCCAUGGCAACCACUACUGCUAGCCAAGAAAUGGCCUCGGAUGUUUCCUCUUUGGGUUCACCAUCCGGGACAUCAGGAGCAGGAGCGCAUUCUGGAGGAGGCAUCGUCCAGAGAACCAACAAGCGGAGGACAGGGCUCGAGUUCGACGACGACGGUGAAGGGAACAGCAAAUUUCUCAGAUGCGAUGAUGACCAACUCCCAAAUGACAAAGAGAGGUUUGCAAGGUCGGAUGAUGAGCAGAGUUCAGCGGAUAAGGAAAGACUGGCCAG